UAAGUACAUAUUUUAGAACUUUUGCGCAUCUUCUGAUCUACUGUCCAGGUCGCUGCUACACCCGUGAGGUUCUCGAGGCCUAUAUGGGGUUCUGUCAAAAGCACAAUCUCCAUCUCAUAACCGACGAGAGCUAUGCUCUCUCCACCUGAAAGAACCCAGAUUUCCCGAUUGCCCUGGUUUCGAAUCCGUCCUUUCCAUCAAGAAAGACGGUCUAAUUGACCCAAGCCUCGUGCAUGUUCUGUGGGGAAUGAGCAAGGUACGAAGUCCGCUUCUCCAGAUUUGAUCGGAUAUAGUGACUGGUAUAGGACUUCGGCUCCAAUGAAAUCAGACUUGGCUGCGUGAUCAGUCAAGACAAUGAGCAUUUCCUACGUGCUGUUGAAGCGAACUCCUACUUCUCUUGCCCUUCGUCUCUAUCAGACUCGGCAACGUCGCGGAUGCUCUCUGACGACACUUGGGUCGAGCCAUUUAUACAAACAAAUCGUCAACGGCUGGCGCAGAACUAUACCAUCACGAUCAGAUUGCUGGAACGCCAUCGGAUUCCUUAUAAGAAGGGUCAAAAUGCUGGCUUCUUUGUUUGGGUGGGCUUGUUUGAUCGUCUCCGAAGGGAAGUGGAUGCCGCUCUUGAAGCAGGUGUACCGGGUACGUCUGAAAGCACCGCAAGGGAUCUCCAGAACAAGCUCCAAGAGACUUUACUAAAGCAAGCGAUCUUCCUCGCACUUGGUAUGGACUUUGGCGGUGAUGCGCCCGGCUGGUACCGGAUUGUCUUUGCUCAUGAGAAGGAGUAUCCCAAGCUGGGGUUGGGUCGGAUGAUUAAUGCCUUAAGACAGCAGCAGUGGUGCUAACCUCAUACUGAGCAAAUCCCAAAGCUGCAAGGCAGGAAUACCGAGCGG